AUGGAAGAAUGUAAAUCUGAACGGACCAAGUUGGACGAACCUACCGGUGCCGAUGAUUAUUGUAUUUGUGCAUUCGAUCGAAACACUAAUGACGCAUGGCCGUGUUUUCUAAAGGAUAGUUGGGAAUCCACGGAAUGUGAUACAUGCAAUGAACACGCAUUUUGCACUAAAGAUAAUAAAACAUAUAAGGGGCAUAAAUCCCCUUGUUUAUGCGCACCGUCGAGAUUUUGCGUUGCUUACAAUGGGAAGACACCGCCUAUAGAGAUCUGGACAUACCUCAGAAAAGGCCCACCUGUGGAAGAUCCGAAUUUUCUGGAAGCUAUGGGAUUUGAGGGUAUGACCGACGAGGUGGCAAUUGUGACGAAAGCGAAAGAAAACAUCAUGUUCGCCAUGGCAACGUUAUCUAUGGACGAUCGUAAAAAACUGUCCACGACAAAACGAGAACUCGUCCAGAAGUGCUCGUUUAACGGAAAAGCGUGUGACAUUGACGCCGAUUUUCUCACGCAUAUCGAUCCAGUGUUCGGCUCAUGUUUUACAUUCAAUCAUAAUCGUAACGUCAGUCUGACAAGUAUUCGAGCAGGACCGAUGUAUGGAUUGCGAAUGUUAGUGUACGUGAAUGCAUCGGAUUAUAUGCCAACUACUGAAGCCACUGGUGUCCGAUUGACAAUUCACGACAAAGAAGAUUUCCCGUUUCCGGACACAUUCGGCUACUCGGCCCCGACUGGCUAUGUGUCGUCAUUUGGACUACGAUUGAGGAAAAUGACCCGUCUUCCGGCUCCAUACGGAGAUUGUGUGCCUGACGGAAGAACAUCCGAUUACAUCUACAAAAAUUACGAAUACUCCGUAGAGGGCUGUUAUAGAUCGUGUUUUCAACAACUGGUGCUCAAGGAGUGUAAAUGUGGAGACCCUCGAUUUCCAGUUCCAGAGGGCGUGAAACACUGUGAAGCGGCCGAUCCGGUGGCUAGUGAGUGCUGA